AUGUAUUUUUGGUCUCACAUCAACAUACAAAAAAAUUCCGACUUAUGGAAUUGUCUAUCUAAACAAGAACAAAAAUUUGUUGAAAAGUGUAUUGAUGACAUGGAGAAACAUCUGGCUCAAUCUGUUCUCUCAGAGUUGACUCAUGGCGUCAAGUCGCACUUGAAGCAAUCUUCACUAAGUUUGGCAGAUGACAUGGUUCCUGAGCCGCAGCUAGAUCAAUAUGUUAGCUGCAGAAGCAAAACGUUUUUUGAAUCUUUUCAGCUUAAUGUCAUUGGGGAAGAACAAGUGAACAUUGAAGCCAAUGAUCUGGAUACUUUAUUUUACAAGUUUAUAAAGCCACUUGUGGAGAGUGGACAGAUUGAUCUGGUAUGA